UUGGGGGAAAAAGCUGCAGGCUUCAACUGUGACAGUUGGAGACGAGCGCGGGAUUUAUUAUUCUGGAGAAUAUAAUUUAUGCAGAGACACAAUCUGAAAAGCAUUCAGACAGAACAGGUGGAAGAGUGAGCAUUAGAUUAAUGCAGACCAGGCAGGACGUGGCUUGGAUUCUAACGACAUCAUCAUCUUGCGACAAAUACCAUUGGACAAAAAAGAUCAGCCCUCCGACCCCCCCAUAGUUAUUUUCAAUUAUUUGUUCUAUCAGUUUUUUUUUUUUGUCAUUGUCGCUCCAUCACAUCAUUCCAAUGACUUUACCAUGGAGGGCAAAUGCGGCUAGACUACAAUGGACAUCAGACUAGUGGCAGGUCCUGGCAGGUUGACAGUCCUAAUGGGAAUUUUAAGCCAUGUUGUCCGCUAGCAGCAUGGAGCCAGAGGAAACCCAAAUACAGGGCAGCUUCUUCAACAAGGUGGACGUACCUGACCACGUUCACUACACCGUCGUGGUGUUUGUCUUUGUCAUUGGGACGCUGGGCAUCAUGGUCAACGCUCUGGUUAUUUUUGCCUUCUAUAGGCUCCUACAUCCCAGAAGUCCUGAUGACAUCCUGUACAUGGGAAUAUGUCACAUACACUUGGUCCAACAGGAGCUACACCAUGAUGCUUUGCUGUUUUGUUUUCUUCAUUCCAAUGGGAAUUAUCUUGUUCUGCUACAUCCUAAUGUUUCUAGCUGUAAAGAAGACUGGAAGGAAGGUGGGACGUCUGGGUAUGCAGCCUCAUCCAGCAGAAAUCCAUCAAUAGUGAGAGGAAACUGGCAAAGAUUGCCUUCCUU